CUGUUGCGGCUGGUACGCGAAUGGAUUUAUACAACACGUGAAGACGGGGGGUAGAUUAGGCCGGCCCGACUGACUGAUUUGCGUGCGGAUCCUGACGCGAUCGCGCUUUUUUAUCCGGUCGAUCCCGGCGCCGGCGAGUGCACCGAUCAAUCGCUGGCGCCCUUCGUGCCCACCACUAGCCGAUGAUCGGCGGUUGCGUUUGACUUUACAGCUCGGUCCAUUGCACUGCGCCCCACUAGCUAGUAGAGCGGGCUAUAUAUGCAGUCGCACAUACACACAGACACCAUACUAGCUAGAUACAUAGCCAAAGUCAACCACGCCUCCCGGCCCCCCCGACAUAUGAACCUCGUUCUUCCACCUUGGUACACGAUCGUCGUCGUCGUCGUCGAUCAUGGAGUUCUCCAACGACUGGGACCUGCAGGCCGUCGUGCGGAGCUGCGGCACGGCUGCGUGUAGCGGCAGCGGCUCGGAAGCAGCGCCACCGCCGCGGCGUGAGGAGGAUCGACGGGUAGUUCUCGUCGGCCGUGCUGCGGUGGCGGCGGCCCCGGAAUUCCUCGUCGGGAGGCCGGUGCGGCCGCCGGCGGCGUUGGGCGACCUGGACUACUUGGACUUGGAACACGAGCUGCCGCGGGCGCCGUUCUCGAUCACGCCUUCCAGUGAGCGGGGGCCGCUCGACCACGAGGUGCUCCUCUCUUUCCCGGCCGCCUCGACGUCCGGGCAGCAGCUCCUGCAACCGAGGAAGCAGCCCGGCCGCAAGCCGGGAGUCCGCACUCCCAGGCCUAAAAGAAGCAAGAAGAGCCAGCUGAAGAAAGUGGUGUGCGAGGUGCCGGUGGCCGACGGCGGCGUGUCCACGGACCUGUGGGCAUGGCGCAAGUACGGCCAGAAGCCCAUCAAGGGCUCGCCGUAUCCACGGGGGUACUACAAGUGCAGCAGCCUCAAGGCGUGCAUGGCGCGGAAGCUGGUGGAGCGCAGCCCGGCCAAGCCCGGGGUGCUCGUCGUCACCUACAUCGCGGAGCACUGCCACGCCGUGCCGACGAUGCUCAACGCGCUGGCCGGGACCACGCGGCACAGGCCGGCGUCGCCCGACGGCGACGGCCACCAGGCGUCCCACGGCGCGUCGGACGAGGCGUCCGCCGGCAGGCGCGAGGAGGACAGCGCCGACGCGUCCUCCAUGACCGUGGACGGAGGCGGCGGCGCGGAGACGGCCGACGACGAGAACGAGCCGUGGCAGCAGGCGGAUAUGGCGCUGGACGACUAUCCGUUGGAUUUGGACGAUUUGCUGGGGCCGUUUGAGGACGGCUUCGAUCGGUUCUUCGAGGACGACGACGGUGUUCUUGAACGCCGGGUGUCACUGUAGUUGGGAACAGGGCAACUCAUUAUUGACUGCUAAACUGUCUCUUUGAUUCUUUCUUCUCUCGUCGAUUCAGAGAGGCUGGUGUCCUGGUGAUGCGAUGCAACUAGACGAAAAAGUGCGCCGCGUACAUUUGACCGUGUUAUAUUUGGUGUGUCUAGCAACAUCGCUCGCUUGAUGGAAGAAUACUUUAUACACGCACGACGGCCUUGAUGUUUGGAUUCUUUAUA